AUGGAGAAGCUCAUUUCUUCCCGGGUCAAUAAUCAAUCAGUGCUGAAAUCUUAUGUAUUUCCACCGGAAAAUCGUCCUGGCGAUGUCGCCGUACGUACUUGCAACACAAUCCCGAUCAUUGAUCUGGCUGGAGGUGAUCAGGCUGAAGUAAUCAAGCAAAUUUUGAGAGCUAGCGAAGAAUUCGGUUUCUUUCAUCUAGUUAAUCAUGGAGUCCCUGUCGACAACAUGAUGAGCGUUGCCAAGGAAUUCUUCGAGAUGCCGGUGGAGGAUAUGGCAAAGCUGUACUCAGACGAUCGCAGCCAGAUUGUGAGAGUUCAUACAAGCUUCGACUAUGAUAAUGAAGAUGUGCAUUGUUGGAGGGAUAAUCUGCGGCACCCAUGCCAUCCUGUUGAAAAAUUCAUGCAUUUAUGGCCCGAAAAGCCGAGUAGAUAUAGGGAUGUGGUUGGAACAUAUAGUGUAGAGGUAAGAGGACUGGCUUUGAGGAUUUUAGAGCUAAUAUGUGAAGGAUUGGGACUUGAAAGGGACUACUUCAGCAAUGGACUUAGUAGCACGCAAUUGAUGUCGAUAAACCAUUACCCAAAAUGCCCAGACCCAACCUUGACUUUGGGUCUUCCAAAGCAUUGUGACCCAAAUGUCAUCACCCUUCUUCUUCAAGGUGAAGUAUGUGGCCUCCAAGUCUUCAAGGAUAAGGAAUGGAUGGCUGUGGAGGCUCUUCCCAAUGCCUUUGUGGUGAAUUUAGGGCAUCAGAUGGAGAUUAUCAGUAAUGGGCAGUUGAAGAGUGUCGAGCACCGCGCCGUUACCAACUCCACCGUGGCUAGAACAACCGUCGUGACCUUCAUCUAUCCUGACAUGGACAGCAUCAUGGAGCCUGCGCCAACACUGGUCAAUGUACAAAGCCUGCCGCUCUACCGACCCUUCAGAUUCCAAGAGUUCCUUAACACUUAUUUGGAUAAAUCUGGCAACAAAGCCAGCACACUCGAAUCUUUUAAGCUUUAA